AUGUGGGAUGAUAUUGAACUGCUAACAAGCGAUGACACGGGAAGCGGUUGCCUAAGUAUUGGUUCGGGAGAAGAACAUGGAACAACUUUGUAUCAAGUGGACACGUUAGUCAAGAUAUCCUCUGAGAAGGCUUCACUUUCUCCAAAGUUACACGCAUGCAGCUCAAGUGAUGGUUUUAUCAUCGUGGUUGAUCAGUCAGUGACACUUUUUGACAAUAUUUGUCGGUCUCUCCAACUGCACCUUCAGUUUGAUACUAAAGUGGAUGUAGUUGGCUUGUGUCAAGGAGGACAAUUUCUUUUGGUCGGUGAGAGAAGUGGCAACUUGCACCUUAUUCAUGUGACAUCAAACCAGACACUGCUUACUAAUGCAUUUGUUCAGCAAGCACCAGAUGAAAAUAAGUGUACUUAUCAGGAUCUUAUCAUAGAACAAGAUGGCUCAAAGGAAGGUACGUAUCACGUGUUCCUUCUUACACACAAUGGAUUGUUCUGCAUUAUGGAUCUGCAACUUACUCAAAUUCAGGAAGCCAUUGAGAAGAAGGACUUCAGAGCAGCAAAGGAGUUACAAGGACAAACCAAGACCAAUUUUAUAGCUACUGAAAAUUAUCAUGACCUUGGCUGUUUAAGCUUUGUGACUGGAGAUUUAACAAGUGAAAACCAUGUGAUGAUUGGGGGAACUGGUCAUUUUGCACUCUCUAAAUGGGAGCUGGAUCCUGAGAACAAAGUGGCAGCUGUUAAGAAUUUUAUUGAUUCAGACAUGAUUAAAGGUGUGAAGAAGAUUCAACUUACAGACAAUCUGCUCUUCGUUUUGGAUACUGCUAAUAUACUGAGCUUAUGGGACGUUUAUACUCUAAUUCCUGUUUGGAACUGGCCUUCUACCUGUUUUGAAGACUUCAUUCUCACCACAGAGGCUGAUUCUUCUUCAUCAGUCACUUGGCAAGGCAUUAUCAAUCUGAAGUUAAUAGCUCUGACUACUUCCAGUAAUCAGAUGAGAAACCUCAUGGUUUAUUCACUACCUACAAUGACCUUGCUGUAUUCUUUGGAAGUUUCUGCUGUUUCUUCACUUGUCAGGAUGGGAAUCAGCUCAGAUACAAUUUACCUUCUGGAAGGAAUUUACGAAAAUGACCACAACUCCCCUGAAAGCUUGGUGUCCAUUGUAGUACUUAGGUGUCUGACAGAAGCCUUACCAGAAAACAGAUUGAGUAGAUUACUUCAUAAGCACAAGUUUACAGAAGCUGAAAACUUUGCCAUCAGUUUUGGACUGGAUGUUGAGCUUGUUUAUAAGGUAAAAUCAAAUGACCUAUUGGAAAGAAUGGCUCUGUGUUCAGUAGGCACCCAUGGGCCAACAGUCUGUCAGGAAGUUGUGGAUGAAGCUAAAGAAAGUUUAUGUAAAAUCAAGGAUGACCAGUUUGUGGUGGAUUACUGCUUGAGAGCUCAGUGGCCAACCUUCAGGACAGCUCAGGAAAUGCUGAAUUACGCCAAAGUCAGACUUUUGAAGAAAGAAGAUAAAAUGACUGCUGCCUUUUCGGAUAGCUUAACAGAGGUAUUAAAGGCCCGUGCAAAACUGGCUACUUUUUAUGGAGCGUUUGGACCAGACAAAUUCAGUGGAAUGGGUUGGAUUGAAUUUUUGAAAAAUGAAGAUAUUCUGAAGGAUAUCUAUCUUCAGCUAAAGGAGGGAAACCUCUUUUGUGCACAGUUUCUUUGGCUUCGCCAUCGGGCAGAAUUUGAGAGCAGAUUUGAUGUGAACACGCUGGACAAAUUGCUGAACUCAAUUAGCACAAGUAUCCCCACGCGAGAGCUUUGUCUGUGGCUUCAGAGUGAUGUGGUUCCAUUUGUGAAAAGAAUCUUACCAGAUGGGCAGAGAAUCCUUGCAAAAUGGCUGGAGCAAGCAGCGAGGAAUCUUGAAUUAACUGAUAAGGCAAACUGGCCGGAGAAUGGACUUGAGGUGGCACAAGUGUUUUUUACGUCUGAAAAUCCAGAUUCCUUAGGGCUGACAUCUUCCUGCUAUUGUAUCUUGUUGAAGGAUUAUCAGAACACUGAAGAAAUCUGCCAUUUGAGGAAGCUGGUGGACAAUUUGCAAGAACUGAUCAAACUGCACAGGAAAUACAACUGUAAAUUGGCUCUCUCCGAAUUUGAGAAGGAGGACACCACCACCAUUGUGUUUCGGAUGCUUGACAAAGUUUUCGCCCCAGAACUUAUUCCUUCUGUCUUAGAGAAAUAUGUAAAAUUGUACAUGAAGGAGCAUAACCUGGAGGAGGAACCACUUCUUUUGCUGUACAUAAAGGAUAUGUUGGAGAGAUGUAGUUGCAAGUCUGCAUCACUCUUUGAAACGUCCUGGGAGUCCAAAGCCAUGGCGAUUAUAGGCUGUUUGUCUGAUACAGAUCUCAUCUUUGACGCCGUGCUGCAGAUCAUGUAUGGGGCUGUGGUGCCCUGGAGCAUAGCUGUAGAACAGCUGGUGAAAAAACACUUGGAAAUGGACCAUCCCAAAGUCAGAUUGUUACAGGAAAGUUACAAAUUAAUGGAAAUGAAGAAGCUUCUACGAGGUUAUGGAAUAAGAGAUGCAAAUCUUUUGAACAAGGAGAUAAUGAGGGUGAUCAGAUACAUCCUUAAACAAAAUGGCCCAACCUCCCUCGAGGAUGCUUUAAAGGUAGCCCAAGCUUAUCUGUUGUCUAAAGAUGAAAUCUACAGCUUAAGGAUCAUUGACCUGAUGAGCAGAGAACAGGGUGAAGAAUGCCUGUCCCUCUUGAAAUCCCUCCCUCCUGCUGAAGCUGAGAAAACUGCGGAAAGAGUGGUUAUAUGGGCACGCUUGGCACUCCAGGAAGAGCCAGAGAACUCCCAAGAGGACAAGAUUCAGAGGCUAUCUAUAGCCAAGACAACUGUAAACAUUAUAAAGGCUCUACGUGACAUUCAGAAAGAAAACCCUCUGAAGAUGGAUGAAUGUGAAGAAAACUUAAAAAUAUUUAAAACCAUCAGGAGCUUACAGGAGGAUUUUGAGCUCUUCCUUCCAUUUGAAGGCUACAGGAAUCAUUCACUGGUAGCUGGACUUCAUGAAGAACCCAUUAACACUCAGGAAAUUUCCCAGGCCUGGCAAAAAUCUAGGAGCACCCCAGAGGAGACUCCCACUAACCCAAAGAGUGCAUCACUUCGAUCGAGUUUGUACAGACAGACUCUGUGUCUGCUGGUGUCGGAGCAAGACUUGGAAGCUGAAGUGGUGUUGGAGACCUUAAAUUCAGGGAGGAUUGAGGAAGCCCUCCAGCUCUGCAGGGAUUUGUUUCAAAAUCACUGCAAUCCCAACACGGGAAGAGUGCUGGUUUUGGCAUGUCAGAAGCUUUGUCAGAUGCUGGGGGCUGACGCUUCAGUGACUCUGCCUGAGGGUUUGAAUCUUCCUCUGGAGAUCCAUCAGCUGGCAUGCCAGGCAGCCACCAUCUGUAGCCCAGAUUUUUUAUUAGAUGCUCUGGAAAUGUGUAAAUAUACUUUAACUGCCAUGGAGAUUUACAGACAGUGCCAGCUGGAGGAGUGUGGAACUCUAACAAAGACUUCCUUUGGAGCUGAUAGAGAUCCCUAUGAAGAGUGGAUUUACAAUGAUUUCUUCAGUGAGGAUGGAAUUGUUCUUGAAUCACAGCUGGUGCUGCCAGUUAUCUAUGAGUUGAUUUCAUCUCUUAUACGUGCAUCUGGAGGCAAAAGAUAUCCUUUGGACUCUGCCACCCUGCCAUAUUGCCCAUUUAAUAAAGGAGAUAAUCUUCUUCUACCGAUUAUCAGCCCUAUCUGUGCUGUGCUUCAGAGCCUGCAGGAAUCCAGUCAGUGGGAGCUCUCUCUGAAAUUUGUAGUAGGUUCCUUUGGCAUCUGCCUUCAGCAUGGAAUGUCGAACUGCAUGAAUAUCUCCUUGAGUGAGAAGCUGUAUGAAGAGAGACUGUUAAUCAGUACCAAAAGGACUGUUGUUGGCUUGAAAGAAAAAUCCACGGCCUUAAUCAGAAAAAAUGCUACGGCCCUGUUACACAAAGUAUUUAAUUGUCGUCUGGUGGAUCUUGACCUGGCCCUGGGUUACUGUACUCUUUUACCUAAAAAAGAUGUCUUUGAAAUUAUCUGGAAAGUCAUCGACACCACAUGGCAAAACUACAACAAGAUUUUGGCUGUGUCCCAGGUGGGAGCUCAACUGGCUUAUCUCUAUAAGGAACCAGAAAUAAGGCUGAAGUUCCAGGAAUUAGCCACAGAUGCCCAGUGGGGGCUCCGCCUUGGAAAACUUGGGAUUUCUUUCCAGCCAGUGUUCAGGGAGCAUUCACUAAGAAAAAAAGAACUCAUGAGCACCCUGGUGAAGAAUACAGAUGUGGAUACGGCUCUCAUUCUGGAAUACUGCAGCACAUACGAACUAGACAGUGAUGCGGCUCUUCAGCUUUUCAUCGAAACCCUGAUUCUCCACCAUCAUCAUAUCAACAAUCUUGAGGAAGACAGUGCCAUAUAUUCUCUGAAACAGCACCACUCACAAAUUCUGGCCAAAGCGCUUGAGAUCGUGCCUUUACUGAAAAGCACAAGGAAUUUGGUUGUGAGUCUUAGCAGCAUUCUGUACAAGUUGGAUCCAUAUAACUAUGAAAUUAUUGAAGUCGUCUUGAAAAUUAUACAGAAAGCUGAUGAAAAGGUCACCAGUGUCAAUAUUAAUCAGGGCUUGAGUCUCGUGAAGCAUUUGAAAUCGUACAGACGAGCAUCCCCUCCUGGGAAUCUGGAACACGAGUACAUCAUGAACCAUGCAAUGACCCUGUCCUCAGCUGCUCAGACUCGGCUGCCUUUUCACCUAAUUUUCUUUGGAAAAGUGCAGAACUUCUGGAAAAUCCUUUCUGCUGAGCUCAGGGAGGAGUCCUUCCCAACGUUCCUGUUGAUCACUAAACUCAUGAAGGUUUCUUUGGAUUCUUUGUAUGUGUCGACAGCCAAGCAAGUGUUUGAAAAAAGCUUGAAGCCAAAGUUGCUGAAGCAGGUGCAGGCUCAGGGCUCGACCCUGAAUAACAAGGAAAUAGCAAAGACCUAUGAGACUCUGCAGUCCUAUUUGUUAUCUAUAGGUAAUCCUGAGUGGGCCGUUGCUGUGGCCAUCAACUUUGCUCAGGACAUUCCCGAAGGUUGCUACAAGAUAACUACAUUGAAAUUUUGCCUUUAUUUGGCUGAGAAAUGGCUAAAGAAGAUUCCACCUCAGGAUGAAACCCAUGAGAAAGCUGAGGCCUUGCUGAAGCAUCUGAGGCUGCAGUACCAGCGGUCAGGCACCGAAACUGUGCUCAUCACCCACCGCCUGAGCACCCCGGAGCACCUGCGGCUGCUGGGGAAGCCAGCGCAGCUCAUCACCAGUCUGUAUGAGCACAGCAGCAUCCCGCUGAGGAUCCAGGGACCAGCCGGCCAGGACUGUCCUGAUAUUCAUGCAGCUGCCAAGGAAAUAGCUGAAAUUAACAACUUGGAUUUGGAAAAAAUCUGGGACACGCUUCUUGAAAAAUGGUUAUGUCCGACAACACAGACCAAUGAGAUACCUUCAGAGUUCUUUAAUAUUCAAGGAGAUGAAGCCCUCCAAAGAGUUCUAUAUCUCCUCCAAAUACGUCCCAUUGAUUACAGUUCAAGAAUGUUAUUUUUGGCUGCAACAUCUGUAUCUGUAAGUUUACAUAAACAUCAGUUGACGUUUGCCUAUAGAAGACGAGCUCUUCACUGUCUCUUAUGUUUGGCAGACAGGGAAACAAUUGAGUCUCUCUUCAGAAAACCUUUUGAGGAAGUAAAAUGUUUUCUGAAAUGCAUCACUUUCCUCGCUGCUUUUGAAAUGUUGAAUAUCCCUCUCACAUAUGAUUCAUUUCACAACAGUCCUAAAGAAGGGAUGAUUAAAGGCCUAUGGAAAAAUCAUAGCCAUGAACCUAUGGCUGUGAGACUGGUGACUGAACUUUGUCUGGAAUACAAGGUCUACGACACUCAGCUUUGGAGCGGCCUGUUACAGAAGCUGCUCGGCUUCAACCUGAUCAACUAUCUAAGGAAUGUUUUAACAGCCAUUGCCAAUAUACAGUCCUUAUGGCAGAUCCCAUACUUUGGCAGAGCUUGGCAGCAGGUCUCCCAGAAACCACUCAUUUCAGCCUCUUGCCCACUGAGUCCUUCUCAGUUAUCUGCCUGUCGUGAGAGUCUCGUGGUUCUUCUGGAGUGUCCUGUCUCCAUGGACCUAGAUAUGGGUGGAAUUGCCAAACAGUACAGCCAGCUGGAGCUUCCAGCCUUCACCCUGGCCUGCCUUCUGCUGAUGCCCCCCUCGGACAAGAGAGACCAGCAGCUUCAGAAUUUCUUGGCCUGGUGUAAUCCUGAGACUGUCUUAGAACAAGUAGAUGAACAUAUGAACACCGGCCGGCUGGCAGGGUUCGCCUGUCAAGUGAGGAAUUUUAUUUUGAAUCAUGUCAUAAACAAGAGGCAGUUUGGGAUGCUGGCAAACACGAAAUACUUCCCGCUGUUGAAAUCACAAGUGAUAAGUACCCAGAAGGUCAAGGAGUUGGUGAACUAUCUCGUCCACGAUGACAGUUUGGAUGAAGCCUCAGUGCUAAUAACGGAAUACUUAAAACAGUGUGGGAAACCUGUGCCCCCAGAUACAGCUCCUUGUGACGUUGUGAAGAUGUUUCUAAGUGAAUCAAAGUAAUCAUCACAAACCUUGUACAGGAAGGAGAAGUGGAGGCUUGAACUCGACAUUCACUGACAAUGGUUGUUACUGUGUUUAAGCACGUACUGUGCGAAAGAGAAUGGAGCUGCUUGUCAAGUGAGACAGAUCAUCCUGGUGCAUCCAUGCACUCGUUGGCUCAAAGGCCACAGACCUCUCUGCUAGGCCCGUGUGCUUCUAGAUUGGAUCAACAUGAGAAUUCUCUUCCCUUUUAUUUAAAGGAAAAGGGGAGCAAGGAGCAGUCCUCUGAAUGUAUGCUCACUGUUAAAGCUCAUGUAUCCCUAAAAUGCUUUGUUAUCCUCAAUAUGUUACUUUUGUUGAAGGCAAUUGGAAAAAUAAUGCUUUGUCAAUAGUAUAAAACUCAGAUUCCCUAUUUAUUUUCCUCUAUUUGUAGCCUAAGACAUUUGUGAUUAUUCAUGUGACUAAACUGUUAGACUGUAAUUUAUUUUUGU